UUUUUUUUUAUGAUAUCAUCAUGGAUAUUGAAAAACUAUUGACAAAAACACCUUCAUCUUCUAGUAAUUUACAACAAUCAUACCCUGAUCAAAAAUUAAUACACGAAGAUAAACUAAUGAAAAUAUGGGAACAACAAUUAUAUAAAGGUGGAUUUAUAAUAAAAUCAACAUGUGAAAAAAAUACUUUGACGGAUUGUUAUAUUACAACUUCUCGACAACAUCAAUCAACCUUCAAAUCAAUGGAUGAAACACCUAUUCAUAUCAAGAUUAUUGGUCGGCAUAUGAACGGGUCAUUUCGUUGUCAUAUUGGAACUGGAAAGCAAUCACGGCCUAUCAAAACAACUGAAUUAUCACAACAAAUGCGAAUGAUGGUGGUCUUUUUUCGAGCGGAAAAUAGUAAAAGUCCUUGGGUCUUGACCGAUUUUAUUUUUUUUCCAACUUGGUUACUGCAUCUCUUCCGUUAUGCACAUCAUGAUGCUACUCCUGGUCGUACAGAUGUUCGCUUCUUGGAAAAUGCUGCCUUGGCUAAAGAAGAUCAUAUUUAUCGUCUGAAUCAUGUGCUCAACUCUCUCUUUCGUUUCCAUUUAUACUGCUUAGAUUAUAAUCAAUUGAAUGCAUCUUUACGGUUGGCCAAUUUUUUAUUCGACUCUGCUGGUUUGAAUCCUAUGACUUUACCACGACCUCAACUUAUUCUUAAUGAUGAUCCAUUCACUGCUUCAUCCGGAAACAACGAUCAACCGUCUCUCUAUGCCUCUCUUAUCCUACUCCUGCAUGCACCACGUCCCACCAAAACCAAAACAAUGUGCAACAAUUGUAAUUCCAAACCUUCAUCACGACGUCAACUUUGCGUAGCGUGUUAUCGAUAUCAACUCAAACAUAAUGAACCACGACCACUACGUUUGAUUGUUGCCAAUCGACCUGGACCUCGAUCUCUUUCACCACCUUCCAGUAAAACCAAUGCGACUUCAUCUUUAUCAUCAUCACCAUCUUAUUCCCAUUCAAGAUCAUCGAUGGAUUUAUCAACUAGUACAUCAUCAACAUCAUUAUCAUCAUCGCCCACGUCACCUAUGCCCAUCUUGUCCUCGUAUUUUAUAAAUCAGUAUCAAACAGGUCCCAAAAAAAAGUCAAACAAGUGUGUCAAUUGUGGUGUGACAGAGACUCAUCAAUGGUAUCGGAAUCUAUGCGGCCACGGACAUUGGUGUGAAACAUGCAAAAGUUAUUAUUUACGCCACGGCAAGAUCCGCCCUCCUGAAUUGUUUGUCAAGGCUGCAAAAAGAAAGAUCGAUGUACGUUCAUGGAUGGAUUGGACUUCUUGGUGUUUAGAUGAUGCUACAGUAGCAACAGCAACAAUGGCAAUUAACAAAGAUUCUCAACAACGUAGAUGGUCCUCAUUCGUAACACCAACAAAUAGUGAUCACUUGUUACCUUCUCCUUCGACGACAACUGUAUUACUUCAUACAAAUGACCAACCUCUAUCAUCUAGCUCCAGUGAUCAUGUAUUCUUCCCAACGCGUCAUACUCAAAAUACCUUUUCACCUGUAGUAUCCUUGUCUUCAGCAUCAUCGUCAUCUUCGUCAUCAUCAUCAGAGUUUUCUUCUUCACCUUCCUCCUCUGCAUUACCUCUAGGUCCAAUGUCAUCAUCGUCAUCAUCAUCAUCCUCAUCAUCAUCACAUUAUUCAACGCCAUUGAUUCAUUCGACAUCAUCAAAUCUUCAUCAUUAUGUUUUGAAAAAAGAAUCUCGCCAGAUAUCCAUCAACGAACCUACUCGAACAAUUUCAUCAUAUCUUCCCAGUUACCAACAUCCAGCAUCUUCCUGAGUGUCAAUCACUUGAUGAUUUUUAUCCUUUUAUGACUUUAACUCUCUUAUGACGCCAAUCUCUUAUUUAUUUAUUUAUUUAUUUAUUUAUUUUUUUAUCUGUCCCUUAUCUUUUUCUUUUCCUAUAGUCUAU